AUGACCGCCCCACAGAUCUUCCAAAAGUCCGAUUCGCCUCGCUAUGAGAAGGGGUUUACAGCGCAUUUCUGUCUUUACGUUCUCUUCAGCAUAUUCCUUGUCAUCCUCCGGCUCUUGUUGGUCGGUCGUAAUGCCAACAAGAGAAAGGCGGCUCUGGAAGCGUCUCAUGCGGCUGAUGACAGCAACAAGAAGAAUGGUGACCAGUUGGGGCACCUGAAUGCUUUUGCAGACUUGACAGACAAGGAGAAUCCCGAUUUUAGGUACGACUUCUGA